UCCGGUAGCCAGCCGGCUAACUGCAAGCUAACAACCGUUAGCCUUCGCGGCCUGGACGCUAGCAGUUAUCGGCUAUUCUUAUUCAUUGCUUUAAAAAAAUUAAUCUAAUCAACAAACUGCCCUCCUUUCUCAUUAGUCCUUAUCUGUAAGUGAUACGCCGGUGGUUGAGUUAGUGUAUCGUUAUUUCGUGGCUGUGAGUGACUUUGACACACCGGUUGUCGACAUGUCGGCGGUCCAACGGAUGAAAGUGGCUAACGAGAAACACAGCAAGACCAUAACGCAGCGAGGACACGUCCAGAAAACCACGCGGGUGGUGAAUGAGGAGAAGUCUCCUGUUGGUCCCUGGUUACUGGCCCUCUUUGUCUUUGUGGUGUGUGGAUCAGCCAUCUUCCAGAUCAUCCAGAGUAUCAGGCAGGGGUUGUGAUGGUUGUCACCCAGAUCAGAGCCUCCUCCACUGGGAGAACACCAACAGCCUCACCCCAUCCCUUCUCCAGCCACAGACAGACAUCCGGCCCUGUGUUCUCCCUUUACUCAUACACACACCCCUCCUCUCUGUGUCCAGUUAAAACAUUUUAGGGUUCCCGAGUGGCGCAGCGGUCUAAGGCACUGCAUCUCAGUGGUAGAGGUGUCACUACAGCCCCUGGUUUGAUCCCAGGCUGUAUCACAACUGGCCGUGAUCGGGAGUCCCAUAGGGCGGCGCACAAUUGGCCCAGCGUCGUCCGGGUUUGGGGAGGGUUUGGCCGUGGUAGGCCGUCAUUGUAAAUAAGAAUUUGUUCUUAACUGACUUGCCUAGUUAAAUAAAGGUAAAAUAAAAUAAUUAAACAUCAGCUGACACACACAUCAUCCCCGUCCCGUCUCUGUCAAGUUUAACAUCAGCAGGUUCUCCAUACUGUGAAUGUCUCCAGGACUUUAUUUUUUAACAUUGUAUUGGUAAUGUUGAAAUAUGAAAUGUUUUAUGUAGUUCUUGAAAGAACCAUUUUGUUUAUGGGUCUUAAUGUUGGUUCUCCUGUCUCAUCUGAGCUGUACUCUGUAACUGAUCCCAGGUCAAUUUGGUAUUGGUCCCACUGAUGGUUACUGUUGGGAUGUGGGGAGAGAACCACUGCUCUAGGUUCAGUCUCAUCGUGUUAGUCCAGUAGACUGACUGCUGUGACAUGAUCUGUCCUUGUUUUUGAUAUCUCCCUUGUAUGAUCACAUCCCUCUGAUAUCUCCCUUGUAUGAUCACAUCCCUCUGAUAUCUCCCUUGUAUGAUCUGAUAUCUCCCUCAUCGCUCUGUUCCCUUAUCCUGCCAUCUCCCCUCUCUCCUGUGUGUGUAUGUCCGUAUCUAGGAAGUUUUCAGUCUGUUUUACUGUCUUCAGUUGUCUUCUACACUGGCCGUUCUGUUACUGUGGUGUCUACGUGCUGAACACCCAGUGUGUGUGUGUGUGUGUGUGGUGUGUGUGUGUGUGUGAAGCAGCACUCCCUAGAGGCAGACACCUCUCCUGAACACCCAGAGUGUGAACGUGUGUGUCAGUCCACCUCCCUCCUGUAAAAUGCUAUGCAAAUGAGUUUUAUACAAAUAAAACAGAUUUUUUUUCUCUAAA